AUGGCUGACGAGGUCGAUCAGUCAGCACUGGUCAACGAGUUCAGCGGCCUAACGGGCGCGCCUGAGGAACUGGCGACUCAAUAUCUUCAAGCAAACGGGUGGAACCUCUCGGCCGCCACAAGCUCUUUUUUCCAAGACGAUGAUGAGCAGCGAGCGGAAACGACUGCACAGCCAGGCACGGGUGCUGCACCGGCCGACGAGUCCUACACAGGGCCUAGAACGCUUGACGGCAGGCCAGCGCCGCAGUCCGCCUCAAGCAGCCGCCGCCCUGUAGCGAGUAGAGCAUCCCAGCCUAAGAAGAAAGGGAUAGCGACCCUAGGCUCCAUGGGGGCCUCGCAGGCCCACGACGACCAUGACGACGACAGCGACGACGGUAUGAACGACGAUGACGAUGACGGUCGAGGCAACCUGUUUGCUGGCGGUGAGAAGUCAGGUCUUGCUGUGCAGGACCCGAAGCAGGACGGUGGCACAAAGAAGCUCCUGGAGGAUAUCUUUGCCAAGGCCAAGUCGAACACCCGACGCCCUGAGGCAGAGACCCCCGAGCCUGGCCCAAGCACUUCCCGGUUCACUGGUGCUGGCCAGACCCUGGGUGGAGAAGGCCAGGAGAGCAUGAGCAUUCCGGACCCAGCCGGUUCACGACCAGCCGAUGUCGAGCCCCAGCGGAGGGUGCUGCACAUUUGGGAGGAUGGCUUCAGCAUCGACGACGGCGAGCUGAUGCGUUACGAUGACCCAGCGCACAUGGCUGACCUCAACCUGAUCCGCCAGGGUCGGGCGCCCCUGCACCUCAUGAACGUGCCGUACAACACGCCUGUCGACGUUAGGCUCAUGCAGCAUCGCGGGCCAUACGUAGCACAGCCAAAGCAAUACAAGCCCUUCGGCGGCGAGGGACGGCGCCUUGGUAGUCCUGUUCCGGGCGCUGGUGAGGGCUCCGGUUCGGUUGAUGCAGCCACUUCCGUGGCAACAACGGCUGCCCCGGGGACGUCAGGCAGCGCUCCCGUGAUCGACGACUCGCAGCCGACCAUCAUGCUCCGCAUCCAGCUACCAGACGGUACCCGUCUUCCGGCUAGGUUCAACACGACCAGUACGGUGGGCGAUGUAUACAGCUUCAUCAACGCUGCCAACCCUGACUUGCGGUCGAGGCAAUACGUCAUUGCGACAACGUUCCCCAACAAGGAGCACACGGACAACGAGCUCGCCCUGGGCGACAUGGCCGAGUUCAAAAAGGGCGGAACUGCGGUCGUGAAGUGGAAGACAUGA